CACACCUUUGCAGCUGAUUUAUUUUUGAUAUAAAUUCACUGCAAAAAAAAUAUUUCCUUUUUUACCUUUUCUUAACAAAUGGAGAAAUUUUUAGACUACGUUGAAAAGCACCAAAACGAUUUCGUUGAAAGACUUCGUAAAGCCGUUGCUAUUCCCAGUGUAAGCGGUGACCCUUCUCACCGUCCUGACGUCUUCCGCAUGGCUGAUUUCUUGGUUCAAGAACUCAAGAAUCUCGGUGCUGAUGUCGAGACUCGCGAUCUUGGUAAACAAGACUGGCAUGGCACCUCUUUGGACUUGCCUCCUAUUGUGCUUGCAACUGUUGGCAACGACCCUUCAAAGAAGACUAUUCUUGUCUAUGGUCACUAUGAUGUUCAACCUGCUCUUCUUGAGGAUGGCUGGAAUACCAAUCCUUUUGAAUUGGUAGAAGACGAAAAGAACCGUUUGAUUGGCCGUGGUUCCACUGAUGAUAAAGGACCUAUUCUCGGUUGGAUCAACGUAGUAGAGGCUCACAAGAACCUUGGACUCGAAUUACCCGUCAAUCUCAAGUUCUGUCUCGAAGGCAUGGAGGAGUCUGGCUCUGAAGGUUUGGACGGGCUUAUUUACAAGGAAGCCGACAAAUACUUUAAGGAUGUCGAUGCCGUCUGUAUCUCUGAUAAUUAUUGGCUCGGAACAACCAAGCCCUGCUUGACUUAUGGUCUCCGUGGUGUCUCUUACUUCCACGUCAAGAUCAAGGGUCCCGGUGCUGACCUUCACUCUGGUGUCUUUGGUGGUACGGUCCAUGAACCUAUGACUGACCUUUUUGCUAUCAUGAGCAAAUUAGUCAAUGUCCAUGGUAAAAUUCUCAUUCCUGGAAUCUAUGACCAAGUUCGUCCUUUGACAGAUGAAGAACAAGCUAUUUAUAAGGAUAUCAGCUUCAAGAUGGAAGAACUCCAAAGUGCUGUUGGUAACAAGACCAACAUCCAUGAAGAUAUUCCCAAGACACUUCAAUCCCGAUGGAGAAACCCUUCCUUAUCCAUCCACGGUGUCGAAGGUGCCUUUUAUAAUCCUGGUGACAAGACCGUAAUUCCUGCCUGUGUGACAGGUAAAUUCUCUAUCCGUACUGUUCCUGAUAUGGAGCCCAAGAAGAUCAGUCAAUUGGUCUGUAAGUAUAUUGAAGAUGAAUUUGCCAAGCUUGGAUCCAAGAAUACUUUGCAUGUUCAUUGUACUCAUGAUGGCAACCACUGGCUUUCAAGCCCUAAUCACCCCAACUAUGUUGCUGCUGCCAAGGCUGUCGAAACUGUUUACAAUGUCAAGCCUGAUUUGACUCGUGAAGGUGGCUCUAUUCCAGUAACCUUGUCUUUCCAAAGUGCCUUGAACAAGAACGUCCUUUUGUUGCCCAUGGGCCGUGGAGAUGAUGGUGCACACUCCAUUAAUGAGAAAUUGGACAGAUCCAACUAUGUUAAAGGAACUCAAUUAUUAGGAACUUAUUUAUAUGAAGUUUCCAAGGUUGAAUUAUAAACGAUUAAAGAACAAAAAAUAAGCAACUUGUUUAUCUUGACUUUACCCCCCC